AUGCUUAAAUCACUCGUCACUCUUUCAGCUGGGCUAGUAGGUAGCGCCCAUGCUUUCUGGCGCAUGGAGUGUCCCGGCCGUGUUGGACUUGCCCGUAUUGAUCCCAUCGUCAAUCCUGGCACAGUUUCUAAGCAUGCCCACGCAAUUCAUGGGUCUUCCAACUUCGCCGAAACUGUCACCACCGAACAACUCCUAGAUGCCGAUUGUACAUCGUGUCGAGUAACACAAGACAAGUCUUCUUACUGGCAUCCUGCUAUGUAUUUCCAAGAUGGCGACUCUGGAGAGUUCGAGCUUGUUCCUCAAGUGGGUGGUAUGCUUGCUUACUACCUCCUCUUUGGAGAUAACGUGACAGCUUUCCCCCCUGACUUCCGAAUGCUAGCUGGUUCAAAUGACAGAAGAAGCUACACCAUCGGUGAUCCAAGCAAGCCAGACCCGGAGAAGUCUAUGUGGCAAGCUCUCGGUCAGACCACGCAAAGCGAUCUAGCUCAACGGGCACUCGGGUUCAACUGUCUGAACUACCAAAAAGCCCCCGAGGGCACCCUCUAUCGUCACUACAUGCCUGAUAAGGCUUAUCUCGAUGCGAACUGUGCUGAUGGCAUCCGUCUUGAAAUCAUGUUCCCAUCGUGCUGGAAGGGUGGUGAUGCUGUUGACAGUCAAAACCACAAGGACCACGUCGCAUUUCCCGAUCUCGUUAUGACAGGCACUUGCCCUGAGGACUAUCCUGUCCGCCUACCUAGUCUCAUGUAUGAGGUCAUCUGGAACACAGCCGCUUUCUCCGAUCGUAACGGCCGCUUUGUCUUUGCCAACGGAGACACUACCGGCUACGGUUUACAUGCAGAUUUCAUCAUGGGCUGGGAGGAAGAGUUCCUUCAGAAUGCCAUCAAUACUUGCACCAGCGAAACAGGAAGAAUCGAGGACUGCCCUCUCUUCGACGUUGUUAGCGAACAGAAGGCCACCUCAUGCGAGAUAAAACUUCCCAAAGCUUUGGCCAACGAGGAUGUGAAGGGUCCUAUGAAAGAGCUGCCAGGCGGCGAUGGAGUUACUUAUGGAGAUGGCUCUGACGUCGAGCAGCCUGACCCAACCGAUGGUGCUCAUGCACCCACAUUGACUUACUCACCUGGCGACCGACCAGAGAACUCUGCCUCGCCUCUUCCUGGUCAAGUUUUCAAGGUGUCGUCAGCCUAUGGGGCUGUGGCUCCUGGCGCAAGCUCCGAGACCACUGCUAAAGAUGUUCCAUCAUCCGUUGAACAGAAGCCAUCUCUGUCCACGGAUGAAGUCCUCAUCCCCACAAUUGCCGCUGGAGAUGUGGGCGCGGCUGCACUCAAAGAGUCUACGAUUGCUGAGCCUCUCCCAGCUUCGGCACCUACAACCACCCCAGCACCGGAACUGCAGCCUGUGACAGACACAAAGAGCUACUUCAGCACACAGUUUGUAACAAACGGCAACCUCGUGAGCAAGAUCCUCUGGGACGAGGAAGUGGUCUAUGUGACCGAUCUCCAAGAGGAAGUUGUGGUUGUUACUGUUACAUCAACUGCUGUUGUCGCACCCUCAGCGGCACCAGCCCGGAGGAGACGCCGUGGAGCUCACCUCCAUGGGCAUGGACAUCGAUAUUUCUAA